AUGAGUGAAAUACCAUCAAACCCAGUGACUGUUUCUCAAUACUCAUAUUACUCAGAUAAAAAUUAUCCAAAACGAAGAACAAUGGAAGAUGCUCAUGUUAUUUGUGAUCCAUUAAUUGAAAUAGAAGGUCAUAUCUAUUCAUUAUAUGCAAUCUUUGAUGGACAUGGAGGACGUACAGCAGCACAACAUUGUGCUAAAAUUGUUAAAGAUAAAAUUAAAGAAGUUUUACAAAGAAAAGAUGAAGAAUUUGAAGAAAUGAUGCAAGAUGCAAUGUACGAAAUGGAUAUGAGUUUAAAAGAAAAUGGAAUUGAAUAUUCAGGGUGUUGUGGAUUAUUGUGUAUUAUUGAAAUAAAAGAAAAGAAAAGAAUAAUUCAUAUGGCAAAUUGUGGAGAUUCAUGUGGAAUUAUUAUAGGAACAAAUGACAUAAUUUCAAUGAGUGAAGAACAUAAAACAACAAAUGAAGAUGAAUCAAAAAGAAUUAAAGAAAGUGGUGGAAUGAUAUUUAGUGGAAGAGUUAAUGGUGUUAUUGCAAUAACAAGAAGUUUAGGAGAUCAUCACAUGAAACAAUGGAUUAUAUCAGAACCAUUUGUUAAAGAAGUUGAAUGGAAAGAAGAAUAUAAAUAUAUUGUUCUUGGAUGUGAUGGAUUAUGGGAUACACUCAAUGGAAUACAAAUUAAAGAAGUAUUAGAAUCAAAUAAUUGUGAAUUUACAACAUCAGCAAAAUCAUUAACACAAUUAGCAAUAGGAAAAGGAUCAACAGAUAACAUCACUACAAUUGUUCUGAAAUUAUAA